GUAGCAUGUCAAGCAAUUUUGUGCCACAACAGUUGCCAAUAUCAAGCAUGGAGAUGAGUCAGCUGGAACCCAGUUUGAAAAAUGUGAGCUCACCAAUACCGGAAAUCCAAAUGGGAGCGAUUGGUUCUGUAUCUAGUGGCACUGGUUCACAGCAGUUUUUGAUAUCAAACAGCCAGAUGGAAGUGAUGCCUAACUAUACUGGUUCACAGGGGUUAUCUACAGCAUACAUGCAAAUGGGACACAUUGCCAAUGCUAAUGGUAAUGUUGGCGCACAGAAUCUUUUUACACCUAGCAAUCAAUUUGGAGAGAUGGGCGCACUGCCUACAAAUGGGGGAUCAUAUCAGUUGGCCUCUAUGAAGAGAAAGGCACCAUUGGAACCCAUGUUUCUUGACCCCGGGACUCAUCAGUUGUUGAUGCCAAACAAGAGGGUUGCACAAGUGGAACACAGACCAUGGUUGCAACAGGCGUCUACAGCAAACAAAAGAGCUUUGCAAUUGGAAUCCAUGGCCAGUGCUCCAGGGUCUCAGAAUAUGCAGGCCCCGAAUAAGAAGAUGGUAAAGAUGGAUUCCUUUUCUGGUAGAUCUGGGCCUCAGCGGUCUUCAAGUCAAAAGAAUCAAACUUCGCAAAAACAACCAUCUCCAAAGGGUCAAAAUGAGUCAUUUGAAUCUGUAAGGUCCAAGAUGAGGGAAUCAUUGGCUGCUGCUUUGGCUUUGGUUAAUCAGCAGCAAGAUAAACCUCUGGAAUCAGAAGACAAGACUGAGGGGAAACCACAGGAGACCUGCGGUCCUGUUGAACAUGAACUUAAAGAAGAGCCCAAGGAGAAUCUAAAAAGCAACAAUGUGGAGAGUGCGAGCCGAAACAUUAUGUCUGAUGCAAAUACUAGUGAUUCUACACUGACCUCAAUAUGUGAGGGGAAGGAGUUCCAAUCGAGUAAUAUAAUGCCGUAUGAUGUUUCAUUUGGUGAUAGUUUGUUUGUCAAAGAUGAACUCUUGCAAGGAAAUGGGCUUUCCUGGGUACUGGAGUCUGAUAUUCAGAUGUCUGACAGAAGUGAAAUUUUUCCUGCUGUAAAACAAGAGUUGGAUCAAGAGAUGAGAUAUCCUGAAGAACAUGCAGUUCAGUCUCUUCAACAGGUGGCAGUUCAAUCUCCAGAACAGUUGGCCUCUGAAAUUGAAGCAGAACUAUUCAAAUUAUUUGGAGGUGUCAAUAAGAAGUAUAAAGAGAAGGGAAGGUCCCUUUUGUUCAAUCUAAAAGAUCGAAAUAAUCCAGAACUGAGGGAGAGAGUUAUGUCUGGAGAAAUAACUCCAGGGCGUUUGUGUUCUAUGACUGCUGAGGAACUUGCUUCAAAGGAGCUUUCUGAGUGGCGGAUGGCUAAGGCAGAAGAACUUGCACAAAUGGUAGUUUUACCUGAUUCAGAACUUGAUGUGAGACGCUUAGUGAAGAAAACACAUAAGGGUGAAGUUGAAGUCGAACAGUUUGAUAAUACUCCAACGGAGGUCCCAAUUUCACAUGAUCAGGACCAACCGAGAAGCAAGGAGCCAGAAGUAUCUACCCCUCUGAAAUCUGUUAGGCGCAGGAAUGAGGGCAAAGCUCGACGCCAAAAUAGUAGUGUAGAGGAGUCCUUUACUUUUCCUUCAAGCGAUGGGAGUGAUUUAUUGCAAGGGCUUAUGGUGGAUGAUGAGUUAAAAGAUCUUCCUCCAAUUGUCUCGUUAGAUGAGUUCAUGGAAUCCUUGGAUAAUGAGCCACCUUUUGAGAUUCCACCUGAGAAAGGGACACCGGCCUCACAAAAGGAGGACUCAGAGAAUGAUUCACAUUUGAAGGCAGCCUCAGAAAAGGAGGACUCAGAGACUGGGUCACAUGUGAAGGCUUCUGGUUUAAGCCCCAAAGAGUCUGUUCAUUCUUCCCCACCGAAAGGUGAUGAAAUUGAUGGAACAGAUUCAAAGCCAAAAGCCGUUAUCAAAAGUGAAGACAGUCUUGUUGUUACCAAAUCUGAAGACAAACCUUCUGUGAUCAAAUCUGAAGACAAUUCCGCUGUGAGAAAAACCAGUGACAGUCCUGCUGUGAAGUCUGGCGACUCUAGUGCUGAUCUGAACUCCAGGGACUGUCUUGAAAAAACAGAAUCUACACCUGUUCAGAAACCCAAGGGCGAACAUAUGUGGGGAGGUGCCCUCCAGCUGAGCAUCUCGACCAAGGCCUCUGUUAUUGGUAUCUUUAAAAGCGGUGAAAAAGGUUCUGUGAAGGAUUGGCCUAGGUCUCUUGAGAUCAAGGGCAGAGUCAGGCUUGAUGCUUUUGAGAAGUUCCUACAAGAGCUUCCACAAUCCCGAAGUCGUGCUGUUAUGGUUGUUCAUUUUGUUCCCAAAGAGGGGUCGUCAGAGACUGAAAACGCAAGCCUUCGUGAGGUCCGAGAGUCUUAUAUAUCAGAUGAGAGAGUGGGUUUUUCUGAGCCUUGUUCCGGAGUCGAACUAUAUUUUUGCCCUCCCCAUAAUAAAACUUGCGAGAUGCUCAGCAAGAUCAUUCAGAAGGAACACGUUGAGGAACUCAACACUAUUGAUAAUGGCCUUAUUGGUGUUAUUGUGUGGAGAAAACAAACUUCCCCUAAAUCGUCUUCGCACCAGAAGCACGCUUCAAAAAAGCAACAUUAUAGUAGUUCUAGUUCUAGGAGGCAUCACGAUACAAAUUCGAAUGCCAAUUACAAUUCCAGACCUUCUCAGCCUAGGGUCUUACCUCCUACCCACACUAAAGUAACACAUGAUGAUGAGGAGGACGAAGUUCCUCCUGGAUUUGGCCCUCCCGCUUCCCGGGACGAUGAUGACCUUCCUGAAUUCAAUUAUAGUGGUGCAUCAAAUCCGCCUGCGCCACAGUUUUCUACCCAAAGGCCCUCUAGGGGGCCUGGGAUGUACCCUGAGUCUCAGACAUCUCGCCCUGUAGAUAAAAUGAGAGAGCUGAUUCUUAAAUAUGGACAAAAUGAUAGUCGUGCAUCAUGGAUCAGCAAUGAUGAUGAUGAUGAUGAUGACAUCCCAGAGUGGCAGCCAACUGCACCCCCGACCCAGUACCAGCGUCCACAGCUACAAGCAGUGAGUAGCUACCAGCAACCGAUUCUGCGUCCUCAUAUAGGUUCUCCACUUCAGCAGCAGCCAUUGCACUCCUUGCAACCCCAAGUGCAUGCAUCAGGCUUACCGACUUCUAAUCCUUAUUGGCAGCAAGGGAACCAGUGGGCUCCUCCUCCUCCUCCUCCUCCGCAGAGUGGUGGUGUGUGGCCAACUAAUGCAGCUCAGCCUGAAUCGGGACAGUUUUAUGGAGAACCUGAUAGAGGAACUGCAGGCCAGCCGGGAAUAGCAUGGCGACAGAAUGCUCCUAGAAGUAGAGGGUUCUAAUUGUUUCAUUCUUUCUUUCCUUUGCUCAUGUAAAGUUCAGUUUCUUUUUGUAUUCUCAAGAGAUGUGGUAGUUCUUGUAAGCAUAAAUGCUCUUUGGGUGUUUGUUGGUGUAGUUCAACCGGAACUGGGAGCUUUGUGCCAGUACUUGUAGGCAUUAGCUGCAGAACAUCUUUGUUGGUAAUAAUGUUUUAUAAGUUUUACCUAAAGC